AAAUGCGCCGAUAUUAAAACUAGGGUUUCCCAUUCACACCUUCACUCCUUUCUCUCUCUAUAUCACACACACAAAAUAAAUCUCUCUACAAAUAUAUAGAUACAAAAAAUAUCUCUAUAACAACACACACACACUUUCUGAAUGGCGGAAGCAGUAUCAACUGGGGUAGUGAUAAGAUUUCACGACACCAAAGGCUUUGGAUUCAUCAAGCCAGAUGAAGGCGACGGCGAAGAUCUCUUCGUUCAUCAUUCCGAGAUCCAAUCUGACGGCUAUCGCAGCCUCCACGAAGGUCAGAAAGUCAAGUUUCUCGUCGUUGAUAAAAACGACCGUCAGAAAGCUGUCAAUGUCACGCCGUUGGAUUCAUCUGACAACCGAACCAAUAACAAUCGGAACCGUGAUGGGUAUGGAAGCCGACGCGGUGGCGGUGGUGACGGGUAUGGGUUUAGAAACGGCGGAGGUGGGUUUAGGAACGGCGGCGGUGUUGGCGGUGGAAGGGAGUGUUAUAACUGUGGUGGGGUUGGUCAUUUUGCUAGGGAUUGUAGCAGCGCCGUUGUUUCCGGUGGAGGCGGCGGCGGUGGUGGCGCGUGUUAUAACUGCGGUGGGUUUGGUCAUUUGGCUAGGGAGUGUAACCGCCGUGUCGGCGGUGGUGGUGGCGGUGGAGGCGGUGGUGGAUGCUACAAUUGUGGUGAGGUUGGGCAUUUGGCUAGAGACUGUACUGCUGGUGGCGGCGGUGGUGGUGGUGGACGUGGGUAUAGGAGUGGCGGCGGACGUGAUGGCGGUGGGUAUAGAUCUGGCGGCGGCGGCGGCGGCGGCGGUGGGAACUGUUACCAUUGUGGAGAGCCAGGGCAUUUUGCAAGAGAAUGUCCAACAAAUUCUUGAAUAAAAUAAUAUAAUAUUAGUAGUAAUAAAAAAAACUACUAACAUAAGUGUGUCCUCAAGAAAAAAAAAACUUUUACUAGUAUUAUUGGGGUACAUUUUGGUUUUAAUUACUUUUGUUUGUUAAUUGGCCGCCUUUAAUUACAUUAGAAGUGACUAUUUCUAGUGGGGUUUGUGUUAUUUUCGGGUUGUUUUGUGAUGUCGGAAUUGUCGUUGAAUAUAUUAGGAAGGGGCUGGCUGGUUGGUUGGGGUUAUUAGUCUCAGUUUUGGUUUCAUGAAUGUUGAAGGAUUUUAUCCAAUGUUAAGUACAUUUUAUUUUGGUUUCCUGUGUUUA